GCGCAGAUUUGAUAGGCUGCAGGAGAAAAAUUCAGGGCAUUUUUUUUAUUAAUGGUGGUGGUAAAGUUUGAAGUUUUGAGAGCUAAAGAAGGGAUUGUUUGAGCUGUAUUCAUCAAACUUCUAUGCCAAGGAGGCCAAGAAGGGUGGUGAAACUGGAGUCUGCUUGCAAAUGUCAAAGUCUUCAUCCCCUAAAUCCAGGGUUAAAAAUGCUUCAUCUUCUUGUCAUACUAGAAGGGAUUCAAAUGGAGCUGCAGAAUUGGAUGAUCCAGAAAGGACAAUGUCUAGAGUGGCUAAAUUUAUUGAGCAGCUACAUGCAAACAAGUCAUCACCACCUGAGAAGGAGCUCAUUACAGCCAACUUGCUUGGUAUAUGUAAAGCUAGAAAGGAAGCCCGGGCUCUUAUUGGAUCUCACGCCCAAGCAAUGCCAUUGUUUAUAUCCCUUCUUAGAACUGGCACUGUUUUGGCAAAAACUAACGUAGCCGCUACUUUAAGUGUGAUGUGCAGAGAUGAAGAUUUACGAGUGAAGGUACUCCUAGGUGGUUGUGUCCCUCCUUUAUUAACAAUUUUAAAGUCAGAAUCAAUUGAAGCAAGGAAGGCAGCUGCAGAGGCAGUAUAUGCUGUUUCAGCUGUUGGACUUUCAGAUGAUCAUGUUGGCAUGAAAAUAUUUGUCACAGAAGGGGUAGUGCCCACUUUAUGGGAGCAACUAAAUCCCAAAAGAAAGCAGGACAAAGUGGUAGAAGGCUUUGUCACAGGGGCUUUGAGAAAUCUUUGUGGAGACAAAGAUGGUUAUUGGACUGCAACGCUGGAGGCUGGUGGAGUGGACACUAUUGUGAGGCUUCUAUCUUCAGACAAUACUGUGACUCAAUCUAAUGCUGCUUCUCUCUUGGCCCGUGUAGUCCUGGCUUUUAGUGAUAGCAUUCCUAAAGUAAUUGAUUCUGGAGCAGUUAACGCUUUGCUUAAACUCUUGGAUCAACAAAAUGAUGUUACUGUGCGUGCCAAUGCAGCUGAUGCUCUGGAGGCUCUUUCUUCCAAAUCAGCAAGUGCUAAGAAAUCUAUUGUCGAGGCUCAGGGAAUUCCAGUACUGAUUGGGGCUGUUGUUGCUCCUUCUAAGGAAGGAAUGCAAGGAGAGGGAGGACAGGAUCUUCAGCGGCAUGCAACAAAAGCCUUGGCAAAUAUAUGCGGAGGGAUGUCAGCUCUAAUACUUUAUCUUGGAGAGCUCUCGAAGUCUCCACGCUUGGCUGCUCCAGUUGCUGAUAUAAUUGGAGCACUUGCUUAUUCUCUCAUGGUUUUUGAGCAGGAUGCUGAGGAGGAAACAUUUGAUGCAACCAAGAUUGAGAACAGCUUAGUAACACUAUUAAAACCACGUGAUAACAAGCUGGUCCAGGAGCGACUUUUUGAGGCCAUGGCUAGCAUGUAUGGAAAUUCUCAUCUAUCAAAAACAAUUAGUCAACCGGUGGCAAAGAAGGUGCUAAUUGGGCUUAUAACGAUGGCUUUUGGUGAUGCACAAGAGUCUCUGAUACUUUCUCUAAUACGCUUCUGCUGUGAUAAUGUUGGCAUCUGGGAAGCUAUUGGAAAGAGAGAAGGAAUUCAGUUAUUGAUGUCAUUCUUGGGUCUGUCGAGUGAACAGCAUCAAGAGUAUGCAGUUAAAUUUCUAAGAAUCCUGACCGAUCAAGUUGAUGACAGCAAAUGGGCAAUCACUGCAGCUGGUGGCAUUCCACCUCUUGUCCAAUUGUUAGAAAUGGGAUCUCAGAAGGCUAGGGAAGAUGCAGCAUAUAUAUUAUGGAAUUUGUGCUGUCAUAGUGAGGACAUUCUUAAUUGUGUUGAAAGUGCUGAUGCCAUACCAGCGUUUCUGUGGCUUCUAAAAAAUGGUGGAUCUGAGGGACAGAAAGCCUCUGCUAAGGUCCUGACAAAGCUUAUUCGAGUUCCUGAUUCAUCAAUCAUCAACCAAUUACUGGUUUUACUCUUGGGUGACUCGCCAAGCUCAAAGGCCCACGUAAUUAAGGUUUUGGGUCAUGUGCUUGCCAUGGCUUCACACAGUGACCUUGUGCAAAUUGGUGCUGCUGCUAAUAAGGGGCUGAGAUCACUAGUGCAGGCUCUCAAUUCCUCAAAUGAGAAAACCCAAGAACAUGCAGCAUCUGUUCUGGCUGACUUGUUCACUACCCGCCAUGAUAUUUGUGACAAUUUUGCAACAGAUGAAGUAAUAGACCAUUGCAUGAAGCUUUUGACUAGUAAGACUCAUGGUAUUGCAACACAGUCAGCUCGUGCCUUGGGUGCUUUGUCUCGCCCCACAAAGACUAAUUCUUCAAAACAAAAGUCUUAUAUUGCAGAAGGGGAUGUCAAACCUUUGAUUAAAAUGGCAAAAACAUCGUCAAUUGAUUCUGCAGAGACUGCAGUAGCUGCAUUGGCCAAUUUGUUGUCAGACACCCAGAUAGCAGCUGAGGCACUGGCAGAAGAUGUUGUUUCAGCUUUGACAAGAGUUUUAGGAGAAGGAUCACCAGAUGGGAAGAAAAAUGCAUCACGUGCCCUUCAUCAAUUGUUAAAACACUUUCCAUUAGGUGAUGUACUAACUAGUAGCGCUCAGUGUCGGUUUGCGGUUCUUGCAGUUCUUGAUGCUUUGAAUGAAAUGGAUAUGGAUGGGAAUGAUGUAAAUGAUGCUUUAGAUCUUGUUUCACUAUUGGCAAGGACAAAGCAAGGUAUGAACUUCAGUUAUCCACUGUGGUCUGCCCUUCCUGACAUUCCUGCAGCUUUGGAGGCACUGGUAAAGUGCCUGUCUAUGGGACCACCCCAGGUGCAAGACAAAGUGAUAGAAAUUCUCUCAAGGCUUUGCAGGGAUCAACCAACAGUGCUAAGUGAUUCCUUGAUGACACAGUUAGAAUCUAUCAGUGCAUUGGCAAACAGAAUAAUGAACUCAACUAGUCUUGAAGUCAAAGUCGGGGGAGCAGCCUUACUCAUUUGUGCAGCCAAGGAGCACAGAGUUCAGUUAAUGGAUAUACUUGAUGCAUAUGGAUACUUGAAAGCUCUUAUAUAUUCUCUAGUAGAUUUGAUGAAACAAAAUUCCAGUUGCAGUUCUCUAGAAAUCGAAGUUAGAACACCCCGAGGUUUCAGUGAAAGAACUGCUUUCAGAGAAGUAAACGAAUUUGAGAUUCCUGAUCCAGCAACUGUCUUAGGAGGCACUAUUGCUCUGUGGUUGCUAGCAAUAAUAUCUUCAUUUCAUGUGAAGAACAAAUUAACAGUUUUUGAGGCUGGGGGACUUGAUGUCCUUUCUGAGAAGCUUGCAGUUUAUAUUAGUAAUUCACAGGCAGAAUUCCAGGAUACAGAGGGCAUAUGGAUUAGUUCCUUGCUUGUGGCAAUCUUGUUCCAGGAUGCCAAUGUUGUAUUAUCCCCAGCAGCCAUGCAUCUCAUCCCCUCGCUUACACUUUUACUGAAGUCUGAGGAAGUUAUCGACAGAUUCUUUGCUGCCCAGGCAAUGGCUAGUCUUGUUUCCCAUGGAAACAAGGGAUUAAAUCUUGCAGUUGCAAACUCUGGUGCAGUUGCUGGGUUAAUAACCCUAGUUGGUCAUAUAGAAUCUGAUAUCCCAAAUCUUGUUGCAUUAUCAGAUGAAUUUUCUCUUGUCAGAAAUCCUGAUGAAGUUGUUCUUGAACUCCUUUUCGAGAUUGAAGAUGUAAGAAUUGGUUCUACUGCACGUAAGAAUAUUCCUCUACUUGUAGAUCUUUUGAGACCGAUGCCAGAUAGGCCUGGUGCACCUCCAGUGGCUGUUCAGCUCCUGACUCGAAUUGCUGAUGGAAAUGAUGCAAACAAGUUAAUUAUGGCAGAAGCUGGAGCAUUGGAUGCCCUGAGUAGAUACCUGUCUUUGAGUCCCCAGGACCUAACUGAGGCUACAAUAUCUGAAUUGUUGAGAAUACUCUUCAGCAACCCCGAUCUUCUUCAAUAUGAAGCAACUAUUAGUUGCACACACCAACUUGUUGCUGUUCUUCAUUUAGGUUCAAGAAGUGCAAGACUGAGUGCUGCUAGGGCUCUAGAUGAACUUUUUGAUGCUGAACAUAUCAGAAAUUCUGAAACAGCUUCACAAGCAUUUCAGCCUUUGUUGGAUAUGCUUGGUUCUGCAUCUGGGAGUGAGCAACAAGCAGCUUUUAGUGCUUUGAUUAAGUUGACUUCGGGAAAUAAUUCAAAAGCAGUUUUAAGUGCCGAAACUGAAGAAAAUCCUCUUGACAAUCUACACAAAAUUCUUGUUUCGUCUUCUUCUUUGGAAUUGAAGAGUAAUGCUGCAGAACUCUGCUUUGUGUUUUUUUCUAAUGCAAAAUUCAGAGAAAUGCAAAUAGCAGCUGAAUUCUUAAAGCCACUUUUGUCAUUGAUAGAGUCAGGAACAGAUUCAGCUAUGGAAGCUGGUAUUUGUGCUUUUGAAAAAUUGUUGGAUGACGAACAACUGGUGGAGCUUGUAUCUGCUUAUGAUGUUGUUGAUCUUCUCGUUCACUUGAUUUCUGGAUCAAACCAUCGGCUGAUUGAAGCGAGCAUUUGUACUCUCAUCAAGUUGGGGAAAGACCGAACUCCUCGCAAGUUGGAUAUGGUCAAAGCUGGCAUCAUUGAUAGUUGUCUUGCGCUACUCCCUACUGCACCUAGUACCCUGUGCUCAACAAUAGCAGAACUUUUCCGUAUACUGACAAAUAGUAGUGCAAUUUCAAAAAGCUCAGCUGCCGCAAAAAUUGUAGAACCUCUGUUCUUGUUGUUGCUUCGGGCAGACUUCAACCUUUGGGGACAACACAGUGCGCUGCAAGCACUGGUUAAUAUAUUAGAGAAGCCGCAAAGCCUUGCAACCUUAAAACUUACCCCCAGCCAAAUCAUCGAGCCUCUGAUUACAUUUCUGGAAUCCCCAUCUCAAGCUAUCCAGCAGCUUGGGACAGAAUUGCUCUCCCAUCUGCUUGAACAAGAGCAUUUUAAGCAAGAUAUAACAACAAAAAAUGCUAUUGUGCCCCUUGUACAACUUGCAGGGAUCGGAAUAUUAAGCUUGCAGCAAACUGCAAUAAAGGCCUUGGAAAGUAUCUCUUUAAGCUGGCCAGAGGCUGUUGCUGAUGCUGGUGGUAUUUUUGAGCUUGCGAGGGUUAUUAUUCAAGAUGAACCCGAACCAUCUGACACAUUACUGGAAUCAGCAGCUCUGGUUCUCUCUAAUGUUCUGCGCUCUAAUCCAGACUAUUACUUCAAAGUUCCACUGGUGGUUCUUGUGAAAAUGUUGCACUCGGUACAAGAGGGCACAGUUAAACUUGCUCUUGAUGCACUGAUUGUUCAAGAAAAGACUGAUGCUGCAAGUGCUGAACUGAUGGUCGAAGCUGGUGCUGUAGAUCCUCUACUAGAUCUGUUAAGAUCUCAUCAAUGUGAAGAAGCCUCAGGAAAACUGAUUGAAGCUUUAUUUAAUAAUGCACGAGUACGAGAGAUGAAGGUAUCUAAAUACGCUAUAGCACCCCUAGCACAGUAUUUACUGGAUCCACAAACUCGGUCACAGUCUGGUAGGCUUCUUGCAGCUCUUGCUCUUGGUGAUCUCUCCCAGCAUGAAGGACUUGCCAGAGCCAGUAGUUCUGUAUCAGCCUGUCAAGCACUAAUAAGCUUGCUUGAGGAUCAACCAACAGAAGAGAUGAUUAUGGUGGCGAUUUGUGCAUUACAAAACUUUGUCAUGCAUAGUCGUACCAAUAGAAGAGCUGUUGCUGAAGCAGGAGGUAUAUUGGUAAUUCAGGAAAUGCUAUUGUCUGCAAAUUCAGACAUUGCAGUGCAGGCAGCUCUGCUGAUCAAGUUUUUAUUUUCAAAUCAUACACUCCAGGAAUAUGUAUCAAAUGACCUUAUUAGGUCAUUGACAGCUGCAUUGGAGAAAGAACUGUGGGCUAGUGCAAGUACUAAUGAAGAGGUUUUAAGGACCAUGCAUGUCAUAUUCACCAACUUCCCAAAGCUCCAUAUUUCUGAAGCAGCUACACUUAGUAUUCCUCAUUUGGUAGCAGCAUUAAAAUCUGAUAAUGAGGCUGCACAAGAUUCUGCUCUAAACACCUUGUGUUUGCUGAAACAUUCCUGGUCAACCAUGCCAAUAGAUGUCUCAAAAUCCCAAGCAAUCAUUGCUGCAGAAGCGAUACCAAUCCUGCAAAGUCUCAUGAAAACUUGCCCGCCAAGUUUCCAUGAUAGAGCUGAUAGCCUGUUGCAUAGAUUGCCAGGUUGUUUAACUGUUACUAUUAACCGUGCAAAAAACCUAAAGCAAGUCAUGGGAGGUACAAAUGCCUUUUGUCGAUUAACCAUUGGUAAUGGUCCUGCAAGGCAAACAAAGGUUGUGAGCCACAACAUGUGUCCAGAAUGGAAAGAAAGUUUUACCUGGGCCUUUGAUAUACCACCGAAGGGCCAGAAGUUGCACAUAAUAUGCAAAAGCAAAAGUGCAUUUGGAAAGACAACUCUAGGGAGGGUGACAAUCCAAAUUGACAAAGUUGUGAGUGAAGGGACAUACAGUGGUGAAUUCAGCCUGAGACAUGAUAGCAACAAAGAUGGCUCCUCGCGAACAAUUGAAAUUGAGAUUACUUGGUCGAAUAGGUUAUCAGAUGAAACUGUGUGAAAGAAGUUAAAUCAUCCUCACAUGACUAAACACAAAAUAGCUCCUGAAAAGCUUUUCAACCAUGUUUUGGAGAAACUGCUAUAUUGCAACCUUUCAUGAUGCAAAUGGAUGUUCGCUGGUCAGUAACUGAGUAUGCAUAUUGGCAGAAUGAUCACUUUGGUAGCUCUGGUAAAUUUCUGACCUUGAAAAAUGCAAAUGGUUGAAAUAUUUUUAGAGGCAAAGAAAACGGAGAGACUUUAUUAUGUUGGGGUGGAGGGAGAGAGAGAGAAGGGGGGGGGGGGGUGGGAGGCGAAAUCAUCGC